AUGCCUUCUAGGUCCAAAGGGCAGAACGACCACCAACAACACAAUUGGGAGCCGUCUGAGGUCUUUGAGCUCCUCGCUUGGCUCGACUAUUGCCUCGAACACAAAUUAGACUUUGAAAAAUCGGUCGUGGACCAUCUCUCCAAGACGACAGGGAGAUAUCACAACCUCGCACGGAUCAAGAGGAAGCUGACGAGGGAAUGGAAUCUCUGGGGGAGUAUUGAGUUGAAUACGUUGAGAGAUCUUUACGACGGCGGUUCCAAGACCCUCCAUGGCUACACCGAUGAGGACCGCGCGGCUAUUCGCCAGGCCAAGGAACAGAUAGGAUCCCCUUCAAGGCGGUUCCGGCUUAGGAGUGCUUCCACCAUCCCUUCGAUAUCCUCGCCGCCUUCGUUAUCCUCUACCUCUUUGUUAUCCUCGCGGUCGCCGAGUGGACCAGACCGAAGGCAACUUUCGGAAACGGCGACAUUACGAAGUCGCGCGAGGUCGAGAUCAAGGGAUGUAUUUAGCAUUCCGAGUGAUUCCGGGGACGAAGAAACUCUGCAAAGGCGGAAGGUCCGAAAAAUCCGCCCUGCCAAUCCAUCGAGGAAAACGAAGCGAAGCAAUAGUCUAGCUAGGGAAGUAUCAUCCGUCAUCGAACGAGAGCCUAGGCGGCACCCCAGGCUUCCGGGCCAGGUAGACCGUGCCCAACAACCUGCCAGGUCUUCUUCUUAUACGGAUGCAGCUUCUCAAACGGCCGAUUCGAUGCUCGAAUUAGAGACUCGAAUAACAGGACUAGAGACAGAGCUGGCCAGGAAAAUAAAGGAACUCGAAGACAUCCAAAGAGAAUGCUUAGAACACAAGGACUACGUUUUUACGCUCUCAAACCGGCUUUCCGCAGCCCAAGACGAAUGCGAUGUAGUCCGCCACAGCAUCACGGCAGCAUCUGACCACAGAGAUGACCCGGCCAUGCAGCACGUUCUCCGUUAUGAACUCGAGUCGCUCAGACGUCAAAUGUCGAAAAUUCAACGCCAGCGACAGGCGAUCGCAAAGUUAGAGACAGACUCUCUUAAGCCAUCGCUAAACACAAUUCGAGAGGAGGUUGAUUUAAUCAAGAGCGAGAUACGGGAUGCUUGCUUCUCGAUUGACCUUGGAGUUCCGAUGUUUGCUGACGCCGGAGAUACUUCGAGACGUGACGGGACAACCAUCGACGCUUGGGCUCGGCGGAUAGCCGGCUGCUCCAUGAGCAAGCUCAUCGCCUCGAACUUGGCCAAAGGCGAUGGACCCGAAGUUCUUUCCCAGACAGACCUACUCGCUCACCAGUCGCUCAUAUCGGAGCCGUACUUCGAGUCUGACUUUCUCGUAAAGGCCGUCAAGGAUUUCACGGAUCGAUUUUGUAAAGAAUUAAGUAACUGCAUGCGGCAGGACAAUCCGAUAGCGCGAAAGCUCGGCACCGGCAGCGUGCCACCAGUCGAGCGCGACCCUGCUCCGGUUCAGGACAUCUUGAGUGGCGAAAUAUUCGUCCCAGCCUUCGAACUCGCGUUAAAGCUAAAGUCUAAGUUGCUCCUAUCCAAGACUAGGUACAAGUUAGUGUUUUACAAGCCAGGCGAUUUGUUUGAUCCCGAGUCAAUGACUCGAGAUGGGGAUGGUGUGACCGAGGAGGUUAUGUCCAAGUAUAGUAGGGGAAGUCUCGGGUUGCUCAAGCGGGGAACAGCUGAAAACCAGUCGGAAAUCAGGCUAUGCAUCUUCCCGGCGCUCUACUCUGGGCUAGAGCAUGGAGGCGAGAAUAAUCUCGACGCCGAAACUGAUAGUAUUGAUCGGUGUAUCGUGAACAGCAGCCAACUCAUGGAAGACGGAAGCAGCGUAGGGCUUCAAGAGUUUGACCUGGUCGUGAAGGCCGUAGCAAUGCCGACGAUUGUACAACAUAAAGCCCAAACCGCGAACAGUGCCAAGGGUAAAGCUCCCGGAACAGGGCCCAUGGCUAAUACAGAACCCGGCCUUGAAGACGUCAUAUUUGGAUUUGACCACUCGCACUGGAAGCUGUAUGUGCCGUCAUACAUGAGCUGCAGUGCAUCUAAAGCAUAG